AUGACUGCUACUGUUGCUUCAGCAUCACUGGAAUUUGGUUUCUACCGAAACAGCUGCCCAUUAGCUGAGACGAUUGUAGGAAAAGCAGUAAAGAAAGCAGUGUCUCUCAACCCCGGCUUGGGUGCUGGACUCACCCUUUCAGUCACUUCUAAGCUUGGGGAACAACAGCCAUUGAGACGAUCAGGAAAUUACCAGCCUCCCACCUGGGAUUUCUGCUACGUGGAAUCACUAUCAAAUCAAUAUUCAGGAAAGAGGUACAUAAAUAGAUGUCUUGUGCUGAAGGAGCAAGUGAAAAUGAUGCUGGACGAGGAGGUGGAUCUGUUAAUUCAGUUGGAGUUAAUCGAUGACCUACAAAGGCUCGGAAUAGCUUACCACUUCCAGAACAAAAUCCAGUCAAUUUUGAGUGGAGUAUACAAGGAAAAUCACUUGGGAAAUACUUCACGUGAAAAGGAUUUAUAUGCAACAGCUCUGGAAUUUAGACUCCUGAGACAACAUGGUUUUGAUGUCUCCCAAGAGGUCUUCAAUUGUUUCAAGAAUGAGAAAGGAAAUUUUAAGGCCAACCUUUGCGAAGACAUCAAGGGAAUGCUUCAUUUGUAUGAAGCUUCGUUCCUUCUAGUAGAAAGCGAAAGCACCUUGGAGAUGGCUAGGGAAUUCUCAUCUGAAUGUCUCAAGAACGUCCUCAAUCAUGAAGGGAUCAGUGAAGAACUUAUUCUACUGAUGCAACAUUCUCUGGAGCUUCCACUACACUGGAGAGUACAGCGCUUGGAGGCUCGGUGGUUCAUAGACAUGUAUGAGAAGAGAGCUAAUAGAAAUCCUACUCUACUUGAUCUUGCAAAAAUAGACUUCAAUCUUGUUCAAGCAACACAUCAGGAUGAUCUCCAAUAUGCAUCAAGGUGGUGGCAGAGUACAUGUCUAGCAGAAAAUUUGGCCUUUGCAAGGGACAGAUUGGUGGAAAAUUUCUUUUGGACAGUAGGAGUUAUCUUUGACCCGCAACAAGGGUAUUGCCGUAGAAUGUCAACAAGGGUCAAUGCUUUGGUAACGACAAUAGACGACGUAUACGAUGUUUAUGGAACUUUGGAUGAACUCGAACUUUUUACUGCUGCUGUUGAAAGAUGGGAUCUUGGAGUCAUAGAUCAACUUCCGAGCUACCUGAAAUUAUGUUACUUUGCACUUUACAACUCAAUCAAUGAAAUGGCUUAUGACGUUAUGAAAGAGCAAGGCGUUCAUGUCAUUUCAUACCUGAAAAAUUCGUGGACAGAUCUAUGCAAAGCUUACUUGCAAGAGGCCAAAUGGUACCACAGUGGUUAUGUACCAACAUUACAAGAAUACCUUGAUAAUGCAUGGAUUUCAAUAUCAGCUCCUGUGAUACUUGUGCAUGCUUAUUUCUUCGUAAGCAACCCGAUAACGAAUGAAGCUCUGGAAUGCUUAGACAGAUAUCACAACAUAAUUCGAUGUUCAGCAAUGAUUUUGCGCCUUGCAGACGACUUGGGAACAUCCUCGGAUGAGUUGCAAAGAGGUGAUGUACCAAAAUCAAUCCAGUGUUACAUGAAUGAAAGCGGUGCAUCCGAAGAAGAGGCACGUGAACACAUAAGAUUCUUGAUCAGUGAAACAUGGAAACAAAUGAACAAAGAACGAGUUGCAGACUCACCAUUCUCUCAAACUUUUAUUGGAAUGGCAAUGAACCUUGGUAGGAUGGCUCAGUGCAUGUACCAGUAUGGUGAUGGUCAUGGUAGUUCUAACUCCCACACUAAAGAUCGUAUUCGAGCAUUACUACUGGAUCCUGUUGGUCUUUCAUUUUAG